CCGAGACACAGCCGGCCCCCGAGCCAGCCCGGCGGAGGAGAGGCUGAGGGCUCGCCAUGCCGCUGGUGAAGAGGAACAUCGAGCCCCGGCACCUGUGCCGGGGGGCCCUGCCCGAUGGUGUGACCAGCGAGCUGGAAUGUGUCACCAACAGCACCCUGGCUGCCAUCAUCAAACAGCUGGGCAGCCUCAGCAGGCACGCAGAGGACAUCUUUGGAGAGCUGUUCAAUGAAGCCAACAGCUUCUACAUGAGGAUGAACUCACUGCAGGAGAGGGUGGACCUGCUGGUCAUCAAGGUGACACAGCUGGACUCCACCGUGGAGGAAGUUUCGCUGCAGGACAUCAACAUGAGGAAAGCCUUCAAGAGCUCCACGGUGCAGAACCAGCAGGUGGUGUCCCGCAACUCCAUCCCCAACCCGGUGAUGGAGAUGUACCAGCGCUGCGACAAACCCCCGCCCCUCAACAUCCUCACACCCUACAGGGAUGACAAGAAGGACGGCCUCAAAUUCUACACUGACCCCUCCUACUUCUUCAACUUAUGGAAGGAGAAGAUGCUGCAGGCGACAGAGGACAAGAGGAAGGAGAAGCGCAGGCAGAAGGAGCAGCGGCUGGUGGAGGACUCCACCCGGGAGGUGAAGAAAGUGAGGAAAGCCCGCAACCGGCGCCUGGAGUGGAACAUGAUGGCGUAUGAUAAAGAGUUCCGGCCGGAUAACAGGUUCUCACCAUCCCCCUAUCACAUGGCAUCAUCGGAAGGAUCACUGUCCCCAGAUAAUAGGUCCUACGCGUCGGACGCUGCCGACCACUCGUACCCGGCCAGCCCCAACCACCCAGCCCAGCUGCUGGCCCCCGCUGCCCACCUGGCCCCGGCGGAGCACAAGGAGGGGCUGGCAGCCCCCAACCCCCCGGAGCACGGGUUCCGGCCCGCGGGCAGCCGGCAGAACAGCCUGACCCGCCUGCAGCAGCCCCACGCGCCGCCGCCCCCCGAGGCCGUGCUCAACGGGCCCAGACCACACCUAGUCAAGGAUUACGGGCCGCAGCCGGUGCCCAUGGCCGAGUACUUCGUGCCGCCGGCCCCGCCGCCGCCGCCGCCUGUGAUCCCUUCGGCCCAGACCGCCUUCGACAGCCCCAUCUCGGCUCCCCCCGCGCUGGCCCCCGGCUCGGCCGCAGCCCCCAACUACGCCCCGUCGCCGCCCCCCGCGCCCCCCGGGCCCUACUCGGCCUCCCCGCCUCAGAGCGGGCCCAUGGCCCCCCCGGUGGCGCCGCCGCCGCCGCCGCCCGGGCCCCCGGCCGUGUCGGCCUCGCCCGCGCACUCCGCAUCGCCGCCCGCGCCCGCCGAGCCCCGCAAGCCGCAGGUGCCGCUGAUGCCCAUGAGCGACGCCCGGAGCGACCUGCUGGCUGCCAUCCGCAGGGGAAUCCAACUCCGGAAGGUGCAGGAGCAGUGGGAACAAGAGGCCAAGAAAGAGCCCGUGGGCAAUGACGUGGCCACCAUCCUGUCGCGCCGCAUCGCCGUGGAGUACAGCGAGUCCGACGAUGACUCGGAGCUGGACGAUAACGAGUGGUCGGACUGAGGGCCCCGGCUGGGCGGGCUCGGGCUCCUGCUCCCCUCCAGGUGUGUAUGGGCACCUUCCCCAGGGGGCUCCUGCUCCCCUCCAGGUGUGUAUGGGCACCUUCCCCAGCGUCGCUGCCCCGGUCAGGAGCUUUGCUUUUACACUAUGUCCAAAACCCUUCGGGCAGCAGCAGCAGCAGCACUGGUAGGAUACACCUCGGAGGCAGUGAGAGUAGAAAUUAGCAGCACCUUCACAGUUAAUGACUUCCAAAAUUCUCUGAAGGCAGGUUAAUAGGAUUACUCCAAAUUUACACCUGGAGCAAGAGCGGAGACUGGCCCUGGGUGUGCUUUGUGAGAGGAGGGAGCCCCAGAGGCAGCAGUGCUUUUCCAGCUAAAUGUUAAUUGUGAUAACGAGAAGCUCCUGGAGAAGAAGCCUUGUUUGCACAGCUGAUGCCACCACGGGAGCUCAGGGGUGGCCUUGUGGGCUUGGGGACACUGCUGCUGGUGGUUUUGGGGUCAGCCAGCUCCAAAGGCUGGGUGUGGGCAGGAGCCUCCUUCCCUACAGAGCAAUGCACCACGUUUAGUAGCAGUUACACCCUUGUGUUGUUGCUCCCUGGAAAAUCAUGGAAUGCUUUGGGUUGGAAGGCACCUUUAGAGCCCAUCUAGUCCAACCAGAACUGGGACACCCUCCACUAGACCAGGUGGCAUGAGCAGCCCAAGGUGUUGGUGACCUCAGCCUGUAUCCACCCUCAGAGCUGGUUUAGGAGCAAAGGGGGAAGGCAAGGCUGGAGUGGCGGGCAGGGAGAUUCAGCCUUGUCUGGGCUUGUCCUGCCUUUUCCAGCAGGAGUAGAGGUGUCCAGGGAGCUCCCCCAAGCCGAGUUCCCCUUGGCCUUAGCAUGACACCAUUUCAGUGUGAUUUGGGAAAAAGUGAAUCACACAAUCUGCUGCUUUCAGGUAAACUCUCAGCUUGCACUUUGCAGCCCUACACACUGUGCCUGUACAAUUGGGAUCAGCUCAGAGCCAGGCACUGAUUCCCCCUACCUGAUCCUGCUCCUUCCCCUGUCCCACGUUUGGACACUGAUGGAGGAGCUGGGUGACCAGCCCCUGUUUCAGCACUGAAAACACCUGUUUUCCCAUCAAAACAGAGCCUGACCCAUGGAAAAUUUUCACAGAGCUACAAAGGGAGGAGGCACAGAGGAAGGCAGAGCAAAGGGGUGGGAAAUACUGGAAAUACCACAGGCAGGUGUGAAGACCUGCAGAGAGCUGGGAGAGGUUCCCCACCUGUGGCAAACGGGCCAGGACCAGCUGUGGAUUGGCCAGUGUGAUGUCCCCAGACCCUCUCUUGUGAUCUCCUAUACCACAAAUCCCUCAACAGGGAAAGCUGAGCUUUGUGCCAGUUCCUGCCUCUCCCAGCAGCCCUGCAGGUGAUGGCUGCUUCAGCAGGAUUUUUGCUAUGUAGGAGCAGCCAGACCUGCAAAAGAGGUGGGAGGAUAUGGCUGAGUCCCAAAUGCUGAUGGUUAAAUUCACAAAAUCCUAGAAUGGUUUGGGAUAAAAGGGACCUUAAAGACAUCUCAUUCCACCUCCCUGCCAAGGGCACCUUCCACUAGAGCAGGUUGCUGAUUUCCUGGGAAAUGAUGGUGUUGGGCAAUGUCCCAAACAUCUGCUCAUUUGCCCCCAGUGACAAACCCCGCAUGGCCAGGUGUGGUGAAAUGCCCCCAGGAGCUCUCCCUUCUCCUGAGUGGCACAAAAUGGUCUCUUGUCCCUUGCAUGUGACACCUGCCACACCUCCACACCCAGUCUGGGAGCUGCUGAGUGGGCUUGAGCAGGAUUGCAGAAGGGAUUUGGGAUGUGGGAGAGGGCAAGGCAAGAAGCAGCAGGACACAGGGAAUAACUCAUCUGCAGAACCCAAGGAGCAGGAGUGACCAGAGGGCCAGGGAGACACCGUGCCCUGCAGGUGGCCAGGAAAUUCCUGGUGCACACUGAGAGCUCUUGGUUCUGGUGUUGACCCUCUGAGGUGCAGGGAAAUGGCUGCAAGAGCUUUUUGCAGAGCUCCUGCAAUGCCCAGGAGCUGUUUUCCUUGGGAAGGCAGCUGGGGUUUGGCUGGAGCAGGCUCAGAAGGAGGCAGUGUAAAAAUUCAGGGCAACAUUUAAAGUGGAGUUUCUGGUGGAGAGUUAUUAACGUAGAUACAAUCACAAAACUGUGUGAAAGCAAAGAGAAAUUUGGUUUAUUUAGGUAAUUUAGGAAGACCUUGUGAGAGAAAGAGAAAACAGCAGGGGCUGGUGGAGCUGUUCUUACCUGUUCCAGAGGUGGAGGGGCUGCAGAGCCACUGUGGGGACCCAGCAGAGCUGAGGAGCCCCAGUGGGCCUGGGAGGGGGCUCAGGGACACAGGGCACUCAUCCCUGGGCUCUGUGACUGUCCCAGACUGCAAAGCUGAGCCAGUCCUGGUCUCUGGUACUUUCAGGGUCCCCAGGAUGAAGGAGGAAUUGAGAAUCUGGCUCCAUGUUCUUACAAGGCGAAUUUAUUAUUUUAUGUACUUAUAUUAAAGAAUGCUAUACUAAGCUAUACUAAAGAACAGAGAAAGGACACAGACAGAAGGUUUAACAAGAUACUACUGAAAAACUCAUGACCUCUUCCAGAGGCCCAGCACAGCUGGACUGUGAUUGGUCGUGAAGUAAAAACAAUUCACAUGUUGGAUAAACAAUCUCCAACCACAUUCCGAAGCAGCAAAACACAGGAGAAGCAAU